GGUCGCGGCACUCAGCUGACGGCUGCAUUCAGAAGUCGAGGAACCGUGACACUUUACGAUUACCACACGAGUUCAGGGUUUAAUCGAGAAAUUGCGUUAAACCAUCUUCAAAUAUGGCGGAGUCUCUGGAACAGAUGCCGAAAUCUGAGACGAUUCGACUUCGUGAUCGUCACAUCGGGCAGGCGUGCAAAUUGUUCUACAAAUCGAAUCCCUUGAAAAUCGUUCGAGCUGAAGGACAAUACAUGUACGACGAGAGGGGCAAUCGCUACUUGGACUGCAUUAACAAUGUUGCUCACGUGGGCCAUUGUCAUCCUACGGUGGUGCGUGCGGGCCAAGAGCAGAUGGCUCUGCUCUCCACCAACAAUCGUUUCCUGCACGACAAUCUGGUGAUAUGCGCGCAACGGCUGACCUCGCUACUUCCGGAACCACUGUCCGUCUGUUUCUUGGUGAACUCCGGCAGCGAGGCCAACGAUCUCGCGCUUCGCCUAGCCCAGACGCACACCAAGAACAAGGACGUUAUCACUCUCGAUCAUGCUUAUCACGGCCAUUUGACCUCGAUGAUCGAUAUUUCGCCGUACAAGUUCAACAAACCGAACGGGCCUGGCAAGAAAGAUUGGGUUCACGUGGCACCCUGCCCGGAUGUUUACCGAGGGGUUUACAACGAAGUCGAGCACCCUGGCGAAGACCUUGGCGUGAAGUACGCGAACACGGUGAGGAACAUUUGCCAGAAUUUGAAGAACCAAGGCAAGGGUGUCUGCGCGUUCAUCGCGGAGAGCUUGAUGUCAGUCGGCGGUCAGAUCCUGCCGCCGGAGAAUUACUUCAGGAACGUGUAUAAGCACGUGAGAGAAGCCGGAGGUGUCUGCAUCGCGGACGAGGUUCAGGUUGGCUUUGGACGGGUUGGCAGUCACAUGUGGGCCUUCCAGCUGUACGGCGAGGACGUGAUUCCGGAUAUAGUGACCGUGGGGAAGCCCAUGGGCAACGGGCACCCCGUGGCCGCUGUCAUUACCACCCCCGCCAUUGCUGGCAGCUUCAAAGACACUGGGAUAGAGUACUUCAACACGUACGGCGGAAAUCCAGUGUCCUGCGCCAUAGCGAACGCCGUGAUGGAGGUGAUCGAACGGGAGAACCUUCAGGAGAACGCGUGGAACGUUGGCAAGCACUUGAUAUCGGAGCUGAGGAAACUGGCGAAGCGACGAAAGAUCAUCGGUGACGUUCGUGGCGUGGGACUAUUCGCUGGCAUUGAACUCGUCCGUGACAGGGUGAAGAGGAUCCCGGCGACAGCGGAGGCUAAGCACGUAGUGUCAAGGAUGAAGGAGAAGAAGGUGUUGAUCAGCAGCGACGGUCCGGAUGACAACAUCCUGAAGCUGAAACCACCGAUGGUGUUCACGAUAGAGAACGUGAAUCACCUGGUCUCCACCCUGGACGAGGUCCUCGAGGAAGUGGACAUCGAUGUCGAAGAGAAGUACAAGCCUGCGACCACCAUUUUGAAGGCAACGAUUUCCAAGAUGGACGUCGAGACGGAUAACGCGCGUCCAAACGGGAAGCCAUUAUUGGUCCACGCUAAGUAACGAUUAAUUUAACCUGAGCUUAUACAUAUUUAUAAAACGCGACGAUUGUAUGUCAUAUAUUUAAAGUAUUACUGUUCGUGAGAUGAAUGAAUAUUGUUAAACCUGUUGUGCAUGUUACUGGAAUGGAGAACAGUGUACGCCAAUGUAAAAAGGAUUGCAAGUGGGCAGAGAGAGAUAAGACUAGGAAUUAAGAUUCAAUUAACUAUACGAAUACGUCAACAUCGUGGAAUACGUUUUAAUAAAUUCUAUUUUUACGUACUCACUUGUCCCCGU